GCUGUAAUUAGUUCCAUCGGAAAAACAAUCUAAGCCACCUGAUCUGAUCUAAUCUAUUGGUUUUCGUCUCCCCCAAUAAUUUGAAUCUAAUGGAAUCUGCUGCUGCGUUUCAGAUCCGUUUCCUGCAGUCGCCUCUUCUUCUCGCCAGGAAACAUGAGAAACUGAGUAAGGUUUCUGCAAUAAAAGGCUUGGAAGAUGAACAUCCAAACAAGGUCCUAAGAAGGGAGGUUUUUGGGCUCAUGGGAUUCAGUAUAAUCCUUACAAAUGUCUGCCCUGUUCUUGCCGCCUCGAUGAUGCCGGAAAUGAAAGAUCCGGAUGUGCUGAGGACAUUCAAGCUUCCGAGUGGUGUACGAAUACAAGACAUUGUCGAUGGACAAGGGCAGGAGGCGCACGAAGGAGACACUGUAAGGUUUAACUAUGUAUGCAGGCGAUCGAACGGAUACUUUGUUCAUAGCACUAUCAAUCAGUUUAGCGGAGAGAGUUCACCUGUCACACUUCCUCUGGAUGAUCAACAGAUGAUCAAAGGUCUAAAGGAGGUUUUGAUCGGCAUGAAGGUUGGAGGAAAGCGAAGAGCGUUGAUACCCCCUUCUGUAGGAUAUACAAGCGAAGCAUUAGAGCCAAUUCCUCAAGAGUUCGGUCCUCGGCGCAGCCUCUUGUCUCAUAUGAUGGAGCCUUUGAUCUUUGAAGUUCAGCUCUUGAAAAUUGUAUAGAGCACUAAUCUUUGUGCACUGUCCGAAGAUUCAGAUUGAUUGUCUAAAGAAAAAGAUGCUCCUUGUGCAUAUCCCCCUCCCCCUGUAGGAGAAUUCAUCAGAGCAAUUUGCAGAUAUGUUUCUUGCUAAUAGUUUCAAGAAUGUAAUAUCAGUGAUUAUCUGAGAAUAAAUGAAGUAGCAAGAUAUCAAUGUUUCGAUGUGCAUUGAUGAAAACAGGGGAAAAGGACUUUGAGGACUUUCAACAAACAUUUGAUGCG